CUGUGUAGAUUCAGAUCAUCUUCAACUCCAGAGAGGAAAGAGGAACGAGCAGGACCACCGAAGAUGAACUCACUCCUCAGAGUAUCCAUCCAUCACCUCCACCACUCAUCAACACCAGCAAAACCACUCUCCUUCCUUCGCUCGCGAUACCACUCCUCAACCCACCAACUCAACCAACAGACCGUCCAACAUGCCACUCCAAAACACCAAGCACCAUCACCCAUCAAGCCAUCCCCACCAAGCACGAGCGGAAAGAAGUUCAAAGACCUAGUUCAAGAUCUCCAGCAGCGAUCGCUCUCCUUGGUAGAGCUCGAAGCGAUCCAACUGCCCUCGAACUACCGAGAUCAGCAGAAAGCGGGAGAGAAUGAACAAUCCAAGGCGAUCGCCUCCAUCAGCAAUAGCAGCAUGCCAACAGAUUCGGUCUCAAGACGCAGGAGAAGGAAAGACUUCGAACCGGACCCGAAGUUCCAGUUCGAGCGCAAGAGGGGCAAGAAACAUAUCAUGCUCGCAUUGAAACAGGCCAAGUUGAACGGCGGAUCAACCCAAUCUCAGAAGAUCGAGCUCGUCGAUCAUUUGGACCUCUCGCUCAGAUGGAACGGCCGCUUGAAAAAGAUCCUCUUCUCACUGCCUUCAUCUCAUCCUCCUCAAUCAAAUCCUAUCCCAUCAUCAUCAUCAGCAUCAGCAUCAUCAUCAUCAGCAUCAAAUGAGGGCACAACAGAGCCUCAAAAGACAUCGACAAAAGAAGACUCAACCAGCGGGAUCGAUGAAUUUGUCAAAUCAUGUCUUGGGCCGCUGGUAUGGUCGAACCCCAAAGUAGACAUCACCCUAGUCUACAGCCAAGAGCACUCUAAACCUACGCUCACCUUCUGGACGUCCGAGGAGGCUACUGACGAUGGUUCAGACGAGCAUUCAGCAACAAAAACAGUGGAACUCGAAGGAUUCAGUCGUUCCCAAAUCCUCAGAUUAGUUCUCAACCAAGAACCUUAGACCAACUUGUCAGUACAACAUCCAUGACAUGCAAAAAUACCCAGCAAUGGUUAGCAAAAAAAUGGCCUAUUUCUUGCGAAGAA